AUGUCAGUCGUAAAUUCUGAAUUAUACAUAAAUAAUACAACCCAGAAAAUUAAAUUCAUUUUGAAUAAAUACAAGUCAAUUAGAACACGGCGUUGCAUUGACACCGAGAAUGGAGAACAUCUGAAGGUUAAAAAUUUCGCGGAGAAUACUUUAAGAUUUUUGGAGAAGACUGAGAGAUUUGGUGAAUAUUUGAAGUAUUUUAACGUGAGUGACUGUAGUGCUGGUGCAAGUGAUAGUGUUUAUAAGAAGCAACAUAUCUUCAACGGAUUAUUGGUGCAUGAAGAAGUCCCUGAGACGCAUUGGGAGGAAUAUAAGGCAGCAUUCAAUAAGGAUUAUGUUAGUCACCAUCAUGAAAAAUCAGCGCUAUCGGUAUGGCGGGAUAAUCUGAAACGAGUUGCGCAACACAACCGACAAUAUCUCACCGGACAGCAGACAUACGCGCUUCAACUCAACCAUUUCGGAGACUGGCCGAUAGCAGCGUACAUCCGGCAACUGUUAAAGCUUAUCAAAACCAUCCCUCUGUUCGACCCGGCGGAAGAUCAUAAGAAGACGACAUACCGGGACAACCUUCAUAGCAGGAUACCGAAAAAGGUAGACUGGCGUGCAGAAGGCUAUACCCCUAAGCUUGAGGAGCAAUGGCAUUGCGGAGCUUGCUAUGCCUUCGCGAUCACCCACGCGUUGCAGGCCCAGCUUUACAAGAGGCACAGGAAUUGGAAGGAAUUGAGCCCUCAACAGAUCGUUGACUGCAGCCUCAAGGACGGUAACUUGGGCUGCGACGGGGGUUCUCUCCAGGCUGCGCUCAGAUAUGCCGCCAGAGCUGGUCUGAUGAUGGAGACUUAUUAUCCAUACGUUGGGAAGAAAGAGCGUUGCCACUACAACAGUCGCUCAGUCAGAACCAGAGCCCGACGCUGGGCCACAUUACCAGCGGGAGAUGAAGAGGCCAUGGAACGAGCGUUGGCCACUAUAGGACCGUUGGCUGUAGCUGUCAACGCUUCUCCCUUCACCUUCCAACUUUACAGAAGCGGCAUAUAUAAUGAUCCAUUCUGCGUUCCAUGGAAACUGAACCACGCGAUGCUACUGGUCGGAUACACCCCAGAAUAUUGGAUUCUACUGAACUGGUGGGGCAAGCAGUGGGGAGAGAAUGGCUAUAUGAGGAUCCGAAGAGGCUUCAACAUUUGCGGAGUUGCAAACAUGGCUACCUACGUGGAAAUAUAAAAACAAUUAUUAUAAUAAAUAUAUUUAUAUCAUUACA